GGCAGUGUCUCCGACGUCGAAGGUCUGUGUGAGAAGCUGUUUCCCUCCUUUGGCAUACAUGGCCUCCAUCACAUCGACUUUUCCUGCCGCGGCAGCAUACAUGAAUGGCGUGAGACUACCCUCGCAACCCACACACACACACACAAUCGACCCUCACUGAGGCGUCAGAGACAUGACAGAGACAUGUGUGUGGUCUGUUACAUCGUCGGGUGAAUAGAGCAGUUUGGGAUCCCACUCCAGCAGCUGAUUGACCGCCGCAACAUGGCCAUACUCGGCAGCCAAGUACAUUGCAUUAUCACCACCCUGUUACAUUCCAUCACAGCCAACGCACAUCUCCUCAUCACAAGUAGCAGCACACAAGAUGGUUUGGCUGUGUUGGUACCCCCGUUGUUUGCUGCAGUACGUCAGGUUUGCUCUCGUACAUGACCGACAUGACGCCCACGUGACCCUCCUCCACAGCUCGAAGGAAGGGGGUGAACUGCGCGCAGAAAUGAGAACACACAACAGACCACUGAAUGCAUUCCUGCGUCAUCUUCACGACUGCAUACCUUCAACUUGCUCUCGUCUCGUUUGUCGAGAAUGUGAUUGCCGUCCUUGCUGAUGAGCAAACGAAGGGUCUGGGACUGCUCAUCGCCGGCCAGGACGGCAUCAAAGACGUCAGUCUGACACACGACAAUGAUAUCGAUAGUUCAUUGGCGUAUUGCCUUCUCACGUGCUCGAUGCUCAUGGGUGAACUCUGGGCACCGUCGUCACUGACGUCUGAUCAAGAGAUCAUAAGAAAAUAUACGAUCUCCCUCCAGCGUAUCAUCGGGAGUCCCGCACCUGCCUGUGCCUCUGCCAGCCAGGUGCCGUCAGCCCAUUCACCUGUUCUCGAUUCACCUGCACGAAUGACAUCCGUACACAACUCCUUGAGCUGUCUGCGGUGCUUACCUGUUGCAGUGGUAUAUGUCCCUUUGCCAUGCAUCUUGCCGGCCUUCCACUCGCCCUGAAAAGCAGACAGGACACAGAUGAUGAUGAAGUGGCUUACGGGAUUUGAGUCUCUCACGCACCUCGUAGCAGCGGCCGUCGGGCCACGAGAGUUUGCCCAUCCGUGUUUCUUGUCAUGGCAGUAUUGG